AUGGGAAAAGUAGUUCUUGCAGCAAUAAUGAGCUUAUGUGUUCUUCCUGCAACCAUAAUGGUUAAUCGCAUAGUUCCUGGGCCAUAUAUGGAUGAGAUAUUUCAUAUACCACAGGCAAAGCAGUACUGCAAGGGAAAUUUUAGAAGUUGGGACCCUAUGAUUACCACUCCUCCUGGCCUGUACUAUCUUUCACUUGCCCAUGUUGCUUCUCUGUUUCCAGGCUUUUACUUUGUACAAGCUGCUUCAUCAUUUUCUGACAUGUGCUCUGAGCCAAUCCUUCGAUCAAUUAAUGGUGUCUUAGCAAUUGUCUGCAGUGUAAUUAUAUAUGACAUCAUUACUCACUUGAAGCCAACACUUUCCGAGAGGAAGGCGAUGCUUCAUGCAGUGGUCCUAUCCUUGUACCCCCUCCACUGGUUUUUCACCUUUCUCUAUUAUACUGAUGUUGCAUCCGUUACAACAGUGCUGGCUAUGUAUCUUGCAUGUUUGAAGAAAAAUUACUGGUUUAGUGCAUUGAUUGGAGCGUUUUCAGUUGUUAUUCGACAAACAAAUAUUAUAUGGGUGCUUUUUGUUGCAUGCACUGGGAUCAUAAAUAUUUCUGUGACUAAUGGAAAGCAGAAUACAAAAACUGAUGAGUCAGAUGUGUUUGUCAAGCAUGGUUUAGCAUAUGCUACUAGUACAACUACAAAGGGUCUUCAUCUGAGAAAGCGAAAAAUUGUUAAAUCUGGGAAUACUAUUGAACACUUAUCAUCCAGUGCACGUGAUUCUUCUCCUUCCUCUUAUUCAGGUUUAACUGAUGAAUUAUGGUCCAUCCUUUUAACAUUAUGGUACAUGAAAUGGGAGGUUCUAAUUUCAUUUAGCCCCUUUCUCAUGUUGGUGGUGAUCUUUCUUUUAUUUGUCUAUUGGAAUGGAAGUAUUGUUCUGGGUGCGAAAGAAGCACACGCAGUUACCCCACAUUUUGCUCAGAUGCUUUAUUUUAGUUUGGUUUCUGUAGUGGCUCAGGCUCCUAUGCAUUUCACUAUCACCCAGGCUGUGGACUUGUUUAGUAUGUUUCGUAAGAGUAGGGCCCUUCUUUUCUUUCAGAUGUUCCUGGCCCUCGUGGUUGGCAUGCUCUCAGUACACUUUUUCAGUGUAGCUCAUCCAUACAUUCUUGCUGAUAAUCGGCAUUAUCCUUUUUAUCUUUGGAGGAAAGUUAUAAUGGCUCACUGGUCAAUUAAAUACCUUCUGGUCCCAGUUUAUAUAUGUUCAUGGCUUUCCAUCAUUCACAUGUUGGGAAAAUUUAGAAGUAAAAUAUGGGUUUUGGCAUACUUCUUGGCUACUGCAGCUGUUCUUGUACCAGCUCCACUAAUAGAGUUCAGAUACUACACCAUACCAUUCUAUUUCCUGGUGCUUCAUUGUAACAAUAGGGAUGACCAAAGCUGGAUUCUCACAGGCGCACUGUAUAUUGGUGUCAAUAUCUUUACAAUGGCGAUGUUUCUGUUUCGGCCAUUCCAUUGGGAUCAUGAGCCCGGAAUUCAAAGGUUUAUAUGGUGA